AGGCCUCCCUGAACCCCAGUGACCACAAGCUGGACGAAGAGCUAUGCCAGACGCUCACACAGCGCUACGUGAGCAUCAUGAACAGACUGCAUAGUCUGGGCUAUAAUGGACAGGUGCACCCUGCACUGACAGAGCAGCUGGUAAAUGCCUACGGCAUCCUUCGCGAGCGGCCUGAGCUGGCAGCCUCUGAGGGCGGGUCCUACACGGUGGAUUUCCUGCAGCGAGUGCUGGUAGAGACCGUGCACCCCAGCAUGCUCGCGGAUGCAUUGCUGCUGCUCUCCUGCCUCAACCAGCUGGCACACGACGAUGGCAAGCCCAUGUUCAUCUGGUGACACUGGUACCCGGCUGGCCCAGGCUUGCUCUGCCCCAUACCCCUGUGCACCACUAUUAAAGCUUCCCACAGA